AAAAAAAAAAUGACUCCAAUUCCAUUAACUUUCACUGAUAAACUUCAAGAAUUUAAUGAUUGUUCAGAAUCGCAAAAAUCUGCGAUUGAUGAAAUCACAAAAGAAUUUGAAAUAAACACUGAUAAACUUAAAAAAAUUUCUGAACAUUUUCGUAAUGAAAUGAAUAAAGGACUUGAAAAACAUGGACAAACUGUUGCCAUGGUUCCCAGUUAUGUUACCGGAAUCCCAACUGGCAAAGAAGUAGGUACAUUUCUUGCACUUGAUCUUGGAGGUACAAAUUUACGAAUGUGUCAAGUAAAUUUGGAAGGAGAUGGUAAAGUAUCUGUAAGACAACAAAAAUAUAAAGUAUCAGACUCGCUAAAAAAUGGAGAUGCACGACACUUAUUUGAUUAUUUAGCAGAUUGUGUUGAUAAAUUUUUAUCUGAGUUUAAUAUUAGUAGUAGUGCGGAAGAUAAAUUAAAAUUGGGAUUUACAUUUUCAUUCCCUGUCGAUCAAACUGCUAUCAAUAAAGGAAAUUUAAUCUAUUGGACAAAAGGUUAUACCGCUUCCGGUGCCGUUGGUAAAGAUGUCGUAUUUAUGUUACAAGAUUCUUUAAACCGUAAAGUAGUUCCUGUCGAAGUAACUGCUUUAGUUAACGAUACUGUUGGGACUCUUUUAGCUCAUGCUUAUAAACAUUCUAAUACUCUUCUUGGAGUUAUUCUUGGAACUGGAACAAAUGGUGCUUAUUUCGAGAAAAUUUCAAAUAUAAAAAAAUUGAAGUCUUUUUCUUCGAAUGCUGAUCAUAUGGUUAUCAACAUUGAAUGGGGUGCUUUUGAUAAUGAGAGAAAAGUGCUUCCUUUAACUAUGUUUGAUAAUAAACUUGAUCGAAAAUCAAAUAAUCCUCGGAAACAAGCUUUGGAGAAGUUUAUCUCUGGAAUGUAUCUUGGAGAGAUAGCAAGAAAUGUUUUAUUAAAUCUUAUUGAUAGAACAUUACUUUUUGAUGGUUUCUCUUCGAAAGAUCUUAAUAAUCAAUAUUAUUUUGAGACAGAAUAUAUGUCAACUAUAGAAGCGGAUGAUACCAAUACACUUGAAAAAACAAAACGGAUCUUGGAAGAAUCAUUAAACUUACCCUCCACAACACUAACAGAUCGUCAAAUUGUAAAGAGAGUUUGUCAAUUAGUCGGAUUACGUGCUGCUAGAUUAUCUGCUGCUGCUUUAUCUGCUGUUAUAUCUCAGUGCAAUGUACCAGAAUCUGGCUGCAAUAUUGGCAUUGAUGGCUCUUUAUUUUUAUUUUAUCCUUCUUUUAAGGAGCGUAUUAAAAGAGCUCUUAAAGAAUGCCUUGGUCCAAAUGCUGAUAAAAUUGAACUUGAUUUAGCACCCGAUGGUUCUGGUGUUGGAGCUGCUUUGGCUGCUAUGUUAUCCGCUUAAACGAUGUACACGCAUUGUUUAUAUUUUGUUGUUAUAAUUUUGAAACAUAUUUAUUAUCUUGUACUCAAAUAUUUUUUUUUUACUUCAUACAUCUUAUUGUUUUUGUAUUGUGUGAUACAAUAAAGAAAGAAAAUUUAAAAAGAAUCACCAUUUUGUAACAUCUUCAGUUUCUUGAUUGAUCAGGCGAUUAUCUCGACAGUCACUAAAUUAGCAAUUAGUCAAUUUCAAAUAAUUCAAUUCUUAUUAAGAAUGAUCUCAUUAGUGUAUACACGAAUGGAUACAAGAUUUUUUUUCUCUUAAUAAAACUAAAUAUAGUAGGCUAUUUGAGAAAGAUUAAGUAAACAUUCUCCAAUAAAACUAAAUAUAGCAAGACAUUUUGAUAAAGCCUAAGUGAAAAAUAAAUAUGGCAAGCCAUUUGUGAAUGUAUAACUAAUUGGACUUUUGUCAUUUUGAAAUAAAAACUUUGAAUUUU